ACACAAUUCGUGAAGUUUAAGAAAAUCAUAGUUAAAAUACAAACAACAUAAUGAAACUUCAAUAUGUUAUUCUUAUUAGUCUCGUUGUCGUUUUGGUUUCUGCAACCAUGAAUCAAGCUAUAAGUUCCAAUGGUGUGACUCCUAUCGAUGUCAAUGAUCCACAUGCCAUUGAUAUUGCCAAAUUUGCUGUUAAUGAGUACAACAAAGAAAGUAAAACGACCAAACUAAGUUUUGAGAAAAUCUUAAAUGGUGUACCUAAGACGACGUCUACCGGGACUAUUUACCGUUUUACCCUUUCUGCCAGUGAUGGUUCAACUUCUAACGAAUAUGGAGCUAUUGUGUUGGAGAAUCAACAGCACUCUUUGAAACUCAUACAUUUUGCACCUAUUCAUGCCUAAGUUGUUAAAUAUUUCUUAUUAGAAUUUUUAUUUCAUCUUCGUGUUUGAAAUUAUUGUACCAAUAAAGUUUAUGUUUUGUGUUUCAAUAAUGGAUUGUUGAUCUAAAUAAAUUUUAAGAUCAUUAACCUUU